UCAUUUUUCAUUCCUGGCGCCAAAUUUACGCAAAACCUGAUUUCACCCCAGCUUUCAUUUUUGCCUCUUCUUCUUCCCUGGAUUUGCUCCUUUGCCGGCCACCACAAGGCUAUUCAUGAGGAGUUCCUUAGCAACUCUCACUCGCCGGUAAUUAACUAUCUUUUCCUCUCUGCUCCUUGAAUUCGCCAGCCAUCGCUCGAGUUUUCUUUGAACAAAAUCAGACCUGACCUCAACUCGUCACCAAGCUCUCUCCUCGCUCUGCCACUUCCUCUGCACUCACCAAACUACAAUUGCUGAUAAAACUAAAUCAUCCAAGGCACCAAUAGAGACUACAGUACAACGAUUCUGGAAUGCAAGAAGUCGCCAAAUCGGUUGGUUGUUGAUGAAGCCGUCAAUAACGAUAAUGCAGUUGUUGCUAUGCGUCCUGAUACCAUGGAAAAGGUUCAGCUAUUUCGCGGCUAUACUGUUCUAAUCAAGGGAAAGGAAAGGAAAGACACAAUCUUCAUUGCCCUUGCUAAUGAGACAUGUGAUGAACCAAAGAUUAGAAUGAACAAGGUUGUGAGAUCUAAUUUGAGAGCGCGACUUGGUGAUGUGGUUUCUGUACACCGGUGUCCUGAUGUGAAAUAUGGGAAGCGUGUCCAUAUUCUUCCUGUUGAUGAUACCAAUAUUGAGGGUGUCACUGGCAAUCUGUUUGAUGCAUUCCUGAAGCGUUUUGCAUUUUGGCAGGGGAAAGUAUGAUUUUUUCGUUGGAAACUAGCAGAUAACUCGACCGACAAUCCACCAACAACACCAGAAUCUCCAAUAUCCGUCGGCUUUUUAACACCAGACUCUCCAGUUUCCCGAGUUUCUUCAUGAUAAUGGUAAUCUUUAAACAUUGACAAUUUAUGCAAUAGUAGUUUAUAUUGCAAACUUCCUGGGCUUCUUUAUGAUAAUGGUAAUCUUCAUUUAGGGAAAGAAGGGAAACAGAUGCAAACUGAUUGUUGUGAGUUCCAUUUUCUAGACUACUGGACAACAUUUGGGUAAACCUGGUUCUUCUCAUGAAGUUUUAUUUGUUUUAAAGUUAAUUUGAAGUAUUAACACUCUUUACUGCUUUAUUGUACUCCUAUACUGGAACAUGAUUAAUGUACUUUGUUUAAAUUAAAACGGUCAAGUAACAUAGA